GGGAUGCGGAGGGGGGGGGGGUUGCAUAAUCAUUUGAGCAGACGAUAGGGCUAGUCGUCUGCUAUGAACUUUUUUCAAAACUUUUCGUAGCCAAUCUCCAAAAUCAACGUAGUUACCGAUUAUUGAUCUAUGGGUUUUUACCUUUCACGAAUGAAUAAUGGUAAUAAGGUUAAGCUACCACUAAAAUGGUAAAAAAAGGUCCAAUAGCUAGGUAAAGUGAGCUUAUCGCUGAUCAGGGCUGCGGCCUGCGGAACCGAUGGAUAUUCGGUGACUCCGACUCCCCGAAUUCCAAAAACAAACUCUGACUCCGGGCAGAAAUGUCGACUCCGACCGACUCCGGCUCUGCAACCCUGUCGCUGAUAUUGCCUUUGCAUGUUUUAUGUUUAUCAUCUAUGGCUGAAACAGAGGACCUCUGUGGCUCACAAAUGUCGCCACAUAACAAUACCCCGAGUGAAUCAGUUCAAUGUCACAGCCAAUCAGCGCGCAGAUCAGCCGUACCCUUUGUGACGUCACAGAGGGGCAUACUGCCGAGGGGACAGACGAGACAACCAGGCAAACUGCAGCGUUGUGGGGCUGUCAUUGUACUGCCAGGUGUCAGCCAUUACACACCAUCUCUCCGACUCCAAUUCUCCAUUCAGCAUCAACAUCUCUUCGACUUCACCUCCUCCAACGUCACGAUCUCUGCGACGUCGAACCGGUCGAAGAUGAAGCUGUCCACACUGUUGAUGGUGAUGCUGGCGGCCUGUCUGCUGCUGCAGGCGACAGUUGUCGACGGACAUUCUCAGGGACAGGACCCUGAUUGUGAUGACAGCGAGAGCUGGGAUGACGUGAUGGCUGGCUGUACCAGCACGGAGACCGAGACUCAAGGAACUACAACCCCGAACCUUGGCGGUGGUCGUAAAUAGCGGGACAAGACUCAGCCAGACGACUGCAGGGCUAGCAAAACUCGCGGGGACCGUUCAGUCGACCGGCGGACAGCGGAGCCGAUGGGGCAUCGGAUCCAAGCUUGUUCCAGUCCACGGUUCAACACAGACUGAGCUUGCGAACAAAGGAGACUCCCACAAAUAAUAAUGGCUUAGCUGUUGUCUUUAAAGCCUGCUGAAAAUGCUUGUCGCUUCAGCCGUCGCUUGAUGAUGUUGGAAUGACAUGAAGUGAACAUGUUGCUCUAAAAGGGUCACAUAAAAUUUCAAUUGAUGGA